AUGGAUGGGCCCCAGAAUGAGACGACAGGCGAGAAGCAUGUCGCAGCUCGCGAAGGUAUCGCCCCUGAUGCCUCGUCUCCUCGUUCCUCCUCCGACCCAGAGAAGUCAGGAGAUGCCGGUAAUCACCAUCUAGCUGAGCAAGUGUCGUACGCCGAUGAGGAAGAUCCAGUCAAUAGACAACACAAUCCUUUGGCGCAGAAGCUGCGUUCGCGUCAUAUGCAGAUGAUCGCAAUUGGCGGCUCCAUCGGUGCAGGUCUCUUUGUCGGCUCUGGUGGCGCACUGCGAACCGGCGGUCCUGCAAGCGUUCUCCUCGGCUUCCUGAUUGUCGGUUUCAUGUUGCUCUGCACCAUGCAAGCACUUGGUGAACUUACUGUCCUUUACCCCGUCAACGGUGCAUUUUACACCUACAUUGUACGUUUCGUCGAUCCCUCUUGGGGCUUCGCAGUCGGUUGGGACUAUGCCAUCGGUUGGUUGACGGUGUUGCCGUUCGAACUCACGGCCGCAUCGAUCACAAUUCAAUACUGGAGAGACGACAUACACGUCAGCGUCUGGAUUACGGUGUUCUUGGUCUUCCUUGCGGGGAUCCAGAUAUUCGGUGUUCGAGGGUACGGUGAAGUCGAAUUUGUCCUCUCCUUGAUCAAGAUAGUAGCUUGUGUCGGCUUCAUCAUAUUCGGCAUCAUCGUUGACUGCGGAGGCGUCCCAUCCGACAAUCGCGGCUACAUCGGCGCUCGCUAUUGGCAUGAUCCUGGCGCUUUUCGAAACGGCUUCAAAGGCUUCUGCUCGGUGUUCGUCACCGCCGCGUUCGCUUUCGGCGGCACAGAACUCGUUGGCCUCGCCGCAGCUGAAGCGGAAGACCCGCAUCGCUCUCUCCCCAAGGCGACUCGACAAGUCUUCUGGCGCAUCGCUACGUUCUACAUCCUGUCCUUGUUCAUCGUGGGACUCAUUGUUCCCUCUGACAGCCCUGACCUCCUUGGAGCCAGCGGCGCCAAUACCAAGGCAUCUCCUUUCGUUCUCGCCAUCAAGUACGCGGGGGUCAAGGGCCUGCCGAGCGUCAUGAAUGCCGUCAUCACAAUCUCCGUCAUCAGCGUGGCGAACAGCUGCACCUACGGAUCUUCUAGGACCAUGCAAGCGCUCGCCGCAAGAGGCAUGGGCCCUAAGUUCUUGAUGUACGUCGACACGAAAGGCCGGCCCCUCUGGUGCAUCGUCAUUCAGCUCUUGUUUGGCUGUCUGGCCUAUAUUGGCGAAGCCAACGCGUCUGGCAAGAUCUUCACUUGGCUCCUUGCGUUGUCUGGAUUGAGUUUCUUCUUCCUGUGGUUCAGCAUCAAUUUGGCUCACGUUCGCUUCCGACGUGGUUGGGCCGCACACGGCUUCACCAAAGACCAACUCCCGUACCGCGCCGCGUUCGGUGUCGCCGGCUCGUACAUUGGAGUCGCGUUGAACGCCCUCGCCAUGAUCGCAACCUUUUACACGUCGCUCUUCCCUCUUGGCGCGAGUCCUGACCCGGAGGUGUUUUUUGAGAAUUACCUUGCCGCCCCGAUCGUUUUGGGCCUUUACAUUUUCUGGAAGCUCUACUCGAGAGAUUGGAAGAUGUUCAUCCGAGCAGAGGAAAUGAAUGUCACGACCGGAAUCAGAAGAGGAAGUUUCGAGAUUGCUUCACAACCACAGCAGACUGCGUGGAGAAAAGCACUGAGGGCGUUCAUUUAG